CUCGGAUAAAGUGAAAGUGUUUCUAUCGCAGCCUCCAUUUUGUUGCUGUUGUUUUCAACCCAAAAAUCUUUAACACGCGACAGAAACAGUGAUAUUAAUGUCACACAACAAGGACUGCUGAGUAAAAGAGUGUAAUUAAUUCCAGCAAAAGAGAUCAGCAUCUUUAGGAGUCAGCUUUUUGUCCAUGAGCUCUCUGUACAUACACUAAUAUUCAAAAAUGAAGAGCCCUGAUUCGGAUGCAAAUAAUGUGACCCCACCCUCACAAAAAUGUAAACUCCAGAGAAAGAGAUCAGACUCACCAGAACCCAGCUGUGUCUCCAUGAAGAGUGAUGUGUCUAUGGAUUUUCCUGUGAACUUUAAAACUAGAGCCUCCUCAUCUGUAUACAGUAAACUCCAGAGAAAGAGAUCAGAACCCAGCUGUGUCUCCAUGAAGAGUGAUGUGUCUAUGGAUUUUCCUUUAAACUUUAAAAGUGGAGACUCCUCUUCUGUACUCAGGCAAGACCUAGAAUCUGCUGCUGUGAAUGAAUUCCAGAAAAAGUUUAGAUUAAAUUUGAUGAAGCAGUUUCAGUUCUUGAAUGGGGUGAUGAUAAAUCAGGAGAACCGAACACUCCUGAAUGAGAUAUACACAGAGCUUUACAUCACAGAGGGAGACAGUGGAGACGUCAAUAAAGAACAUGAGGUGAGACAGAUUGAGGGAGCAUCCAGGAGAACACCAACAGAUGAAACACCAAUCAAAUGCAAUGACAUCUUUAAGUCCUUAUCUGAUCAAGACAAACCCAUUAGAACUGUGCUGACAAAGGGAGUUGCUGGCAUCGGAAAAACAGUCUCUGUGCAGAAGUUCAUUCUGGACUGGGCUGAAGGGAAAACAAAUCAGGACGUCCACCUCAUAUUUCCACUUCCUUUCAGAGAGCUCAAUCUGAUGAAGGACCAGAAACUGAGUCUGAUGGAGCUCCUUCAUGUCUGUUUUAAGGAAACAAAAGAAACAGAAAUGUGCAGUUUGGAAAAGGUUCUGUUCAUUUUUGAUGGAUUGGACGAGUGUCGUUUCUCUCUGGAUUUCCAGAACACAGUGAGAGUGUGUGAUGUAACUGAAUCGGCAUCAGUGCCUGUGCUGCUGAUAAACCUGAUCAAAGGGAAUCUGCUUCCCUCUGCUCUCAUCUGGAUCACCUCCCGACCAGCAACAGCUGAUCAAAUCCCCUCUGAGUGUGUCGAUCGAGUCACAGAGGUACGAGGGUUUAAUGACCCACAGAAGGAGGAGUACUUCAGGAAGAGGAUCAGUGAUCAGAGCCUGGCCAAUGACAUCAUCACACACCUGAAGUCAUUAAGAAGCCUCUACAUCAUGUGCCACAUCCCAGUCUUCUGCUGGAUUUCUGCCGCUGUUCUAGAGAGAAUGUUGGGUAAAGCAGAGAGUGGAGAGAUCCCCAAGACUCUGACUCAAAUGUACACACACUUCCUCAUCAUUCAGAUAAACAUCAUAAGAGAAAAGUACUCAGAGAACCAAGAGAGUGAUGAAGAAAUGCUUCUCAAACUGGGACGACUGGCUUUUCAGCAGCUGAAGAAAGGCAACCUGAUCUUCUAUGAUGAAGACCUGAGAGAGUGUGGCAUUGAUGUGAGAGAAGCAGCAGUGUACUCAGGUGUGUGUACGCAGAUCUUCAGACAGGAGUUUGGGCUUCACCAGAGUAAAGUGUACUGCUUUGUUCAUCUGAGUAUUCAGGAGCAUCUCGCAGCUCUGUAUGUGCACCUGAUGUUCAUGAGGGAACAGAGAAAUGUUCUUCAACAAAGUCAGUCCUUUAAUAGAAUCUCAGAUGUCCACAAGAGUGCUAUAGAUCAGGCCUUAUACAGUGAGACUGGACAUCUGGAUCUUUUCCUCCGCUUUCUUCUGGGUCUCUCACUGAAGUCCAAUCAGAAACUCUUACAUGACUUAGUAACACAGACAGGAAGUAGCUCACAGAGCAAAGAGGAAACAGUUCAGUACAUUAAGAAGAUGAUCAGUGAAGAUCUUCCUACAGAGAAAUCCAUCAAUCUGUUCCACUGUCUGAAUGAACUGGGUGAUGAUUCUCUAGUGGAGGAAAUCCAACGCUACCUGAAAUCUGGAAAACAAAGUGAACUCUCUUCUUUACAGUGGUCUGCUCUGGUGUUUGUGUUACUGACAUCAGCAGAGGAGCUGAAGGAAUUUGACCUGAAUAAAUAUAUCAGUCCAGAGAAGAUAACAGAAACUGUUCUUGUGAUGGUGAUGCCUGUGAUUGCAGCAUCCAGAAAAGCAAUUAUCAGGUGUGAUAGAAUUAAAGAGAGAAGUGCUACAGCUCUGGGCUCAGCGCUCAACUCAGAAACCUCCAAUCUGAGAGAACUGCAUCUGACUGUGAAGACACUGGACCUGUUAUAUAAUAAACUAACAGAUUCAGGAGUGAAGUGUCUCUGUGCUGUACUGGAGAAUCCUCACUGUAAAGUGGAGAAACUGAGGUUGUGUGAGUGUGGUGUCUCAGAUGAAGGCUGGGCUGCUCUGACUUCAGCUCUGAGAUCAAACCCCUCACACCUGAGAUACCUGGAUCUGUCCUGUAAUAAUCUAGGAGACUCAGGACUGAAGUUUCUCUCUGCUGUACUGGAGAAUCCUGAGUGUAAACUGGAGACACUGAGGUUGCAUGAUUGUGGUGUCUCAGAUAAAGGCUGUGCUGCUCUGACUUCAGCUCUGAGAUCAAACCCCUCACACUUGAGAGAACUGGAUCUGUCGAAUAAUAAACUAGGAGACUCAGGAGUGAAGUGUGUCUCUGCUGUACUAGAGAAUCCUGACUGUAAACUGGAGACACUGAGGUUGUGUGAGUGUGGUGUCUCAGAUGAAGGCUGUGCUGCUCUGAGUUCAGCUCUGAAAUCAAACCCCUCACACCUAAGAGAACUGAAUCUGUUAGGGAAUAAUCUAGGAGACGCAGGAGUGAAGUGUCUCUCUGCACUUAGAGACGAUGAACAUUUCAAACUACAGACACUGAUAACUGUUGGAAGUAGACAGAUGUUCAUCAGUGGCCUUCCCAGUUAAAAGGUCUGAAUCCAGUAGAACACCUUUGGCAUGUGGGAGAAGAGGAGAUUCACAGCACAAAGAAGCACCUGAAGAACCUACAGGAACUGUGUGAUGUGAUCGGGUCAACAUGGACCAGAAUCUCAAAGGAGUGUUUCUUGUAGAAUCUGUGACAUGAAGAACUGAGUCUGUUUUAAGAACAGUUGAGGUCCUACCCAGUAUUACUACAGUGUUCCUAACAAAGUGCUCAGUGACAGUAGUUUAGAUCUUUUUGGUACAGAAUCAGUCCUAACCUGAUAUGGGAUCAGUGCCACCUUCACUUUAUUAUAAACU